CAGUGAUCAGAUUAAUAACAACAGAUCACACAGGAGGAGACAACCAACCGGCGCUGCUCGUCCUCCGCGGGAUACUUGGAUAGCUACACCAGCAACAGGAUCCAUCCCUGCUCCUCUCCUCUCUUUUUUUACGCCUGGUACACACCUGUGUUUUCCACUUUGAGAACACACGCCGUGUUUGUGUAACUACCUGGAUACCUGCGCGUUGUCCUUUUUUUUAUAAAUGUCGGACUGAAUAGAACUGCUAUGACAGGGAAACUAGCGGAGAAGCUCCCUCUUACGAUGAGCAGUUUAAUGAACACGAUCCCUGACAGUCUCUACCCAGAAGAGGACAUCCCGACGUCUAUGAAUAUCUUCACCAGUACGGAUUCUAUUAACCACUAUUCACAGAUGAACACAGAUAAUAUCAUGGAUCUGGGCAUGGGAAGCGAGAAAGCCUCCUCGGAGAUUCAGUAUGGAUCCAGCUUCCAGUCCAACCGCAGUGGGCAGACGGUCACUUAUCUGGGGAAGUUUGCCUUUGACACUCCUCCGUCAGGUGGCAUUGGCGGCUCCGGCUGGUGCUCCGAUAACAACAUCAUCAGUCUUGUCAGCGCGGGGAUCCUGGGCGUUUCUCCAUCGCCCGGCACGGGAACAACGCAGACGUCAUCCUCUGCGGCAGGCAUGGGCGGACAGACGUCAGACAUGGAGCAGGUGUACGGGCCGCCGCUGCCCGCCUAUUCCACGUGCGGCGACCUGUACCAGGACCAGGUCUCCUUCCACCACAGCCCCGCCAACAGCACGGCUCUCGCCUACCCCGGCAAUGACUAUCACUCCGCAUCCAAAGCCUCCAUGGAUGGCAGCCUUUUCUCCAUGAUCCCCGACUACAACCUGUUCCACCAUCAAGGGGAGGUUGGAGUGAUGGAGCACAAGCCCUUCCAGACCAUGGACCCCAUCAGAGUCAACCCUCCAGCCAUCACACCUCUGGAGACCAUCAGGGCAUUCAAAGACAAGCAGCAGAUCCACCCGGGUUUCAUCGGCGGGCAGCAGCACCCUCCUCAGCACCACCCUCCGCCACAGACUCUCACCCUCAAACCCAUCCGGCCACGGAAGUACCCCAACCGGCCGAGCAAAACCCCGGUCCACGAACGGCCCCACGCCUGUCCGGCGGAGAACUGCGACAGGCGCUUCUCGCGCUCCGACGAGCUCACGCGCCACCUCCGCAUCCACACAGGCCACAAACCCUUCCAGUGCAGGAUAUGCAUGCGCUCCUUUAGUCGGAGCGACCACCUGACCACGCACAUCCGCACGCACACGGGCGAGAAACCCUUCUCCUGCGAGUUCUGCGGACGCAAGUUUGCCAGAAGCGACGAGCGAAAGAGACACGCAAAGGUUCACCUGAAACAGAAGGACAAGAAGCCGACGGAUAAGAGCAGUGGGGCAGCUGGGAGCCACAGCUCGCCACCCGGCUCCUGUGGGGGGCCAACAGUGGGAACGUUAUGACCGUCACUACGGGCACUUGUGCUGGACCCUCUCCAUGCCUCAUAAAGAGACUAAGGAAGAAGGGAUCACAUCCACUAUGCGAUGAAUAGGUGACUCUUUUCUUCUCUUAUACAUCCCCUGCUCGUUUCAGUUCCUUCUAUUUACAGAUGGAUGCCUUUAGUUUAAGUGCGAGGGGAACGGCUGCUACGCCCUUCUCCUAAGUAACUCAGAGCCUCAGCUACUGUAACACAGUGCCAGCACAAAGAAGGGCACCUUGGCAUAUUCUGUCUACCAGGUCACCCGAUAGGUUUUUGGGGUGAAUAAACUUUUUGUAAAUUUUACUGAGAAUUUCUAAAUUGGAAGGAAGCCAAAAUCCAUCAUAGGAGUCAAAAACAGACACGAUUACACAAUGGAGUUUAGUUAAAGGGUAAGUUGUCUGGGAUGUAUGCAUUAAUUUUAUUAGGCUGUUUAAAAGUGCAAUUGGUUAUAUUUGUGUACUGUCAUGGAUACCUUAUUAGUGGCACUUGGCUGUCUUUUUGUUGUUUUUGUUCAAGUGUUUUUAUUUUAUUUUCUAUUUGAAUGUUGUUUUCUCAAAAGAAUGUGCCAAAUGUAUUGUGGUGAUACAGCCAACCUUGUUCUUAUUAUUGGGCCUGACAUUUGCCAAACAUAGCGGUGAUAUCAGCUUAGCACACAUGUUGAGUUCAAGAUUCAAACAGCGUAUCUCAGAUUUAGAUUAAAUUAGCUGAUGACUGAAUGGUUACACAAAGCCAACCGAUGUCUUGUCCUGUUCCCUGUACUUAUAAAACAGACAUGCCUGCAGCAAUCAAUGCCUCUGCCAAUAAUUAUUUAUUUGUAGUCACUGAGAGACACUGUGUAUUUGUGUUGCCUUUUUAUAUGGUGGCUUGAUGUGGUGUUACCAGAUAUCAUUUCUGAUUUUUUUCUGUUGAAAAGCUGUUAAUUUUUCAGUUUUCUUGAGUUCUGCAAUUAUAUGCAAUAUAUUCGUGACACAUGCCACCAACCCCAAAAAAAAAUUAACCAAGAGCACAGUUACACAUACUGAACUACUUACAGUAAAUACAGUACACUGGGUUGCCAACCAACAGUAUAUGAAAGCAAAGAUGAAUGAAGGAUACACAGUGUAAAAGGACUAAACUAUUUGGUUUAAAUUACCAAACGAUGAGCAGCAUAUGUUGAGAGAAAAAUUGAAAUGUCCAAAUUCAUGUUUACAUCUUUUCUAAUACAGAGUGACUGAGUUGUUAACUAAGGACUUGUUGUUUUUGUACAUUAUACAAACAUGUAUGCAGGUAGCUACAGUAGAAGUUACACUUUUGUACUCAAAUGUCAAAUGCGCCAUCAUUCAGUAUUCAAUUGUGCAUAUAUGUGCAUGCCGUCAUGCACACUAUGUAAAUACAAAUGUCUGCAUAAACAAGAACUUUCAAUUGACUGGAUGCUUGUGCGGAAUGUGUCUUUAAGCUUUUAGUAAUGUAGUUAUAAUACAGAAUAUUUUGUUGUCAUAGGUCAUUGCAAACAAUUUUGAAGCACUGUCAUGGUGCCAACUAUGGUGUAUUAUCUUCCAUAAAAGAAAAAAAGAACAAUAGCAUUUGCACCAUUUGUACAUUUUAGAGUGGUAACUGGUUUAAGGAAGCACUAAUGUGUUCUCUGAAUAAACA